AGGCUUCAGUUCUUAGCUUAAUAGAUCCGUAUGCCGAGCAGUUUGUAGCAAAAAGCCAAAACGUGCCUGUUAUUUCAGAUCUUUAUGACCCCAGCAACUUAGAUCUUGAUUAUCCAGAACUGCUGGAGAAGUGCAAGGAAGUCAAGAUCAACGUGUCAGACGAAAACAUAAACAUAGUUUAACAGGACAUGUGUGACCAAGCUAAGGGCUCAGGAUUUUUUAGGCAUCGAGCAGGUCGAAUUGGGGCCUCAGUUAGUGGUGCAGUGUAUCGCAGUAAUGUUGCUCAACCUUCACAAUCAUUAAUUAAGUCCAUUUGCUAUCCACACCUUUACAAAGUUAACACCAAAGCAAUCAAGCAUGGCUGCAAACAUGAAGAUUAUGCUAUGAGGGCAUAUGAAGCUCACAUGAAAAACACCCACAUUAACUUUCAACUCACACGGUGUGGGUUGUUUAUUAAUAAGAAGUACCCUUUCCUCCACGCCACACCAGACUUUUUAACAUCAUGCGAUUGUUGUGGGUUGGGAUAUGGCGAAGUUAAAUGCCCCAUUUGCAUCCAAAAUGGUGACUUUGAAAAGUCGAAGAAAAGAGCUCUUGUUUGGAAAAAGUCAAUGGUCUCUUUAAGCUAAAAAGAUCACAACUAUUACUUCCAGGUUCAACAGCAGUUGUUUACCUUACCGGAAAGAAUGCAUUGUGACUUUGUUGUCUGUGGAAUUGACUCCCAUUUAAAUGCACACUUAAUGACAGACAGAAUUUACCCCGACACGCUGCACUUGGAAACAGUUUUAAAGAAACUUGAAGCUUUUUGGAGAAUGUGCAUUCUGCCUGAGAUCUUAGGGAGGUGGUUCACGAGGAGAUGUGAUACACCUCCAAGUGUUCCCAGUGACAGUGGCAUUUGCUUUUGCAGAGGCCAGCCCAGUGAUCAUGUAAUCUCAUGUAGUAAUGUGGACUGCCCUUAUGGUAAAUUCCACACCACAUGUCUGUCACUUGUUGAGGUGCCAUUGUUGAAGACAUGGUACUGCCCAUACUGUAGUAGAUUGCCACAGUUCAAGCAAAGGAGAAAAACAGAAAAAAGCAAAGAGCCACCUGCAGUCAACCAGGCUGCCAUGGAAUGUAGCAACAUUUGUAUUUGUAAUGUCAGUGCAACCCCAACUGACAGAUUACUUGAGUGUCACGGAACAAGCUGCGGGAGUGGACACUAUUUUCAUUUGAGUUGUUUGGGGCUGAAAAGGAUGCCAAACAAUGCUAAGACAACUUGGCAGUGCGAGGUUUGCAAGAAAAAACAAAAACCUAAUCUAGGGACUAAACCUACUACUUCUACUUCUUUUGCUGCUCGUUCAUCCCCAGUUUCAGCAGAUUCGAGUGUUUUAAGUGAUUCAAGCAGCGUCAGUGAUGAUGAAAUUGAGAUCACUAAGGAAACUACAGGCACUGUUGACAAAUAUGGUCCCCUAGCAAAGCUUCAAGAUUCAGACUAUGAUAUAAUUAAUGAUUCAUCCGGUUGGCUUAAUGGUGACAUUGUACAAGCAGCACAAGUGCUUAUACAAGACAUCAACCCACUACUCGAGGGCCUACAACGUCCAACCCUUGGAUGUGUACGGAACUUUGACGUUGUUUCAGGUGAAUUUGUCCAGAUUCUUCAUACAGGCAGUAAUCACUGGGUCUGUAUUAGUAACAUAGGAUGUUUGCCUGGGAAAGUACACCUGUACGACAGCCUAUUCCAUGAUGUCAUUAGUCAGGAAAUAGAGGAUCAGACCAAUGACCUGUUAGGUGGAGAUUUGGUUUCACUAGAAUUUCUUUUACUGGCGGAGAGACGUGUGUUAGAGGCUGAACUAAACAGCAUAAAAACAGAGAGUGGCCAUCCGUUUAACCUAAAACACCUCGAGCCAAAGCGACUGAACAUGACUCCAAGAACAAGCAGUGCACUCCAGCAACAGUCACCUGAGGCUGCAAUCAACGUAAGUUUUGAAGUGAGCAUGACCACUUCAAAGCAAAGCCCUCAAACAAUUCAAAAUCCAUUGGACCGAAGAGCAGUGGAACUGUCAGAAAAUCUAAAGCUACUAGAAGUGCAAGUCGAAAGUGCCAAAAGUCAUCUACAGGGGAAACAAAAAGCCCUUCAAGAAUUACCAAAUGUUCAUGAGAGAUGCGCAAAAGUGUGCACUAUUUGCCAUACGUCUGGCCACAACAGAACAAAUUGUAAGAAAAUUCCUUGUAAUGAUGUCAACACUUGUAAGCUAAAGGACGAGUACCCAGAACUGUUGGCCGAUAUUCGCACAUUAGUGUGA